AUUUACUCCUCAGUCCUAGACAACUUUUUAGUGCCUAGAAACUGUUUAGUGCCUUUCGAUAGCUACAAUGACUUCCUGUUAUUCAACAAGCUGAGGUGACAGACAACAGAUUUUUUCUUGAAGAAUUUGAUCUGAUUAAACAAACCUCGCGCUGUAGGUUAAACUUUAUGCGGAUUUGAAUUUUUGAUAUGGCUUUGCCCAGCAAGACAACGACCUGCUUUUUACAAAUACUUGUCUUUGCAGUCCCUCUCAGUAUGGCCUCCCAGAUCAAUGCCACUGUGGGCCAGUCAGUGCUGCUGCCCUGCUUCAUCCCCCCUCCAGCCGUACCUCUGAAGGACACCCGGGUCUACUGGCAAACAGUUGAGGUCAGUGUAGAUGACAACCCUUUGCUGCUCCACUUCAUCAACAAGGGUGUGGAGGAGCCUCAACACCAGGCUCUUCAGUAUCAGAACCGGACCGCUCUGGACCUCAGUCAGGUGGCUAAAGGAAACCUGAGUCUGGAGCUGAAGAACGUGACAGAGGCGGACAACCAGACCACCAUCUGCUGCCUUUACUCCACGACAAAGGAGCCGACGCCAACGGAACUCAGCUGCAUCACACUGAUGGUGCUGCCGAUAACUGAUGCUGCUCCAGACCCUCAGUCCUUUCCAGGCUGGGCUACAGGGUUGCUGAUAGGGGCUCUUCUCCUGGUGGUUUUGCUUGCUUGUGGAGCAGUAAUAUUCUACAAAGUUCAUCAAAGACGGACAGGGCAAUGGGACAGUACAGAUGCUGGAGCCAAUCAAGAUGAAGAGGCAGGGGAACUUGAGAAUUUGACAGCGAACGGCACUGCUAACAGCACAGAGAACGGCACAGCGAACAGCAUGGAGAACAGCACGGAGAACAGCACAGCUAACGGCACAGCGAACAGUACAGCGAACAGCAUGGAGAACAGCACAGCUAACGGCACAGCGAACAGCAUGGAGAACAGCACAGCUAACGGCACAGCGAACAGCAUGGAGAACGGCACUGAGAACGGCACGGCAAAUGGAAAACAGCCGUAGAGUAACUCUCCACUGAGGAACGGCCACAGCUGAGGAGGAGUCGGUCCAUGGGUGGUGUGCCGGACACAGCUAUGUGAUUUGUACACCAAUGACUGUAAAGUGUACAGACAGCAUGGCACCAUCCCCAACGCACUUGUAAAUAGGUAUAAAUUAAGACGUACAAAAGGAGAUUUGUAAAUAGGUAUAAAUUAAGACGUACUUUUUCAGGGAGCGUCGUCGACUUUGCAUUGUGCAGUAUCUGCAGUGUUGACUUGGAGGGAGUGUAUACAAUUAGAUAUUAGAACAUCUAUUGUAACACAUGUUUGUUAAUGAACAGUUUGUUGAUUGUUGGUGCAUGUUUUGAGAGACAUUCCUGCGUGGAUGACUUUCACUUCUACGUGCUGUUGUGAGCAAGUUAGAUGAAACCUCUUAGUUUGGUUAAACCUGUGUUUACAAACACUCCUGUAGAUGGUGCUUUUUACAAAAAACAACAUGACAUAAA